CAAAAUAAGAAAAAAAGUAUUUUAAUAAACAUUUAAUUACAUACAAAAAAACAUGUACAUACGUAGUUGAUAUCUAAUACAUCAUGAUAAACCGUUGGUAUUGCCAUCGAAUUCAUUAAAAAAAAAAUGCUAGGACCCAAAUGGUGCCAUUCUUGUAUAAUAAAUGAGAUUCAGGAUCCAAGCUGGGACCAAACACUACUCUAAAUAAAUACUCGUCCGUUUUGAAAUCUUAACUGCAUAUUUCAAGAAUAUAUUAUACUUUUCUAACAUAAAACUGAAAUUCACCAUACGUUUUUUUCCUUCUAACUUAUUUGAAUUCUUAUAAACCCUCCCUUCACUACAGGGGAACACAAAGAAAUUUCUUGCAAAGGUUUCGAUCUUGAUUGUCUGGGCCUAAUGGGUGUUAACUUAGUUUUAUAUACUUGCAUUCUUUUGUUUAUAUUGUUUAUUGUGCAUUCUCCAAAUCUGAUUAUAGCUAAACAAUUUGAUUAUCCAACAGCAAAUCUUUCUACUUCAUGGAUCAAUGAUCCUUCUUCUCCAGAUACUGUUAAAUUCGGUGAUGGUUCAUCUGUGAUACCUGUUCUUAUAAGAGGAACAUUAGGCCAAAGAUUCGCCUGUGGAUUUUACUGUAAUGGAAAAUGUGACUCUUAUCUUUUUGCCAUGUUUCUUGUUCAGACAGACAGUGCAGCCAUUAUUGUAGAUCCUGCUAUAUCUUUCCCACAAGUUGUUUGGUCAGCCAACCGAGACCAUCCUGUUAAAAUCAACGCGACUCUGAAUUUCACAUCAGAUGGUGAUUUGGUGCUGCGAGAUGCUGAUGGUUCUGUAGCCUGGUCUACAAAAACUGCUGGUCAGUCUGUUGCUGGUUUGAAUUUAACUGACACCGGAAAUCUAGUACUCUUCAAUGAAAGCAAGGGGGUGGUUUGGCAAUCUAUUGAUCAUCCAACGGAUGCUUUGGUCCUGGGACAGGAACUCGCGGAAGGUCAAGAACUAAUUGCAAGUGUUUCCAGGACUAAUAGUGGACUUGGUUUAUACUCUCUUGUUGUGAAUGAUAAAGGUUUGUUUGCUUACGUACAAUCUAAUCCUCCUCAGACCUAUUAUAAUUAUCAAGUUUUUAGUCCAGGGAAGAGUGAUUUCCCAAAUAUUGUGAAGUUCUUGAAUGGAAGCCUUGGUAUUUAUCCACAUUCAUCAGAGAAACAUGAGCCAGUUCAAAUAUUUAGCAUUCCAUCAGCAACAUCAGUGCAAUACAUUAGACUAGAAUUCGACGGGCAUUUGAGAGUAUACCAAUGGAAAGAUAAGUGGGUAGUUAUAGCCGAUCUCCUCACAGGAAAUUCAGGUGAAUGUGGUUACCCUCUAGUGUGUGGAACAUAUAGUAUCUGCUCUAGCGGAAAAUGUAGUUGUCCUGGAUCAAGCAGUAGUGGAACCCAAUAUUUUAGACAAAUAAGAGAAAAGUAUCCUAACCUUGGCUGUACUGCAAUAACUCCUCUCAAUUGUUCUGCCUCGAAGUAUCAGGAUUUUGUAGAGCUUGAGAAUGUUACUUACUUUACAUUCAACUCCAGCAUUGCCAAUACUGAUGUGAACAAGUGUAAGAGUGCUUGUUUGAAGGAUUGUUCCUGCAAAGCAGCUAUAUUUCAUUAUGGAUCGGAUCCUAUGAAAGGGGAUUGUUUUCUCCUGUCCGACGUCUUGUCUUUGAUGGACCUUGAUCCACACGAGACAAGCUAUAAUUCAAGUGUGUAUCUCAAGGUGCAGAAAAAUAGCACAAGUGGCCUGACAUAGUCUCGACUCUUCUCAAUUCAUUGUCUGUUCUUACCGGUGUCAGUGGUAUUGUACAAAACAAUGUCUGGUUUCCAAAAAUGUUAAGCAAUUUUAAGAAAAAUUUC